GGCGGCUGUCCCAUCCUCUCUGCGGCGGUCUGCGCGGAGACCUACGAGAUCCUUCGGAGGUCAACGCCCCGACUGUAUCUCAUCCUCUCUGCGGCGGUCUGCGCGGAGACCUACAAGAUCAUUCGGAGGACCUACCACAAGCCCCGCGUGACCUCUGAGACACUCCCCGAGCCGAAGCCCCUCCACACGCAGAGCAGGGGGGCCACCAGGCGGCCGGCCCCGACGUCGCAGGUCGGCCUCGCGUCGCCCCUUGGCGCCGCGCGGGCGCUGGCGCCCCACGCGCCCGCCGCCUCGACCUCCGCCUCCGCCGCGGGUGCGGGCGCCGCCGGCGCUGCUGCACUGCUUGCCGGCAGCCUCGGUGCGAAUCGCGCAAAGGCGGCUGCCCGUCGCAGGCGCAGGGCCCGGCAGCCGCUGCGCAUGGCGGCCGCCGUGCCGACGCUGGAGGACGCACCCCCGCCGCUGCUGGAGCUCUCGGAGGAUGACCCGUCCGCGUUCACGAUUGGAAUCCUGGGCGACCUGCACCUGGACCCUCGCGACCUUGAGCACUCGUACGAGGGCCGCGAUCACGUGAAGGCCGCCCUGAAUGGGGCCCCUCGCCCCUUCGUGGUCUCGCUCGGCGACCUCGGCGAGUCGAAGGACUGCAACCAGACGAAGCAGCUCUUCUCGGGCACCACGGACUGCUUCAACCUCGCGCGCGAGUACCUCGACGGCUUCGGCGCCAAGUGGGACGUCGUGGGAGGCAACCACGACCUCGAGGGCAUCGACGAGUUCGGAACCGACGAGCAGAACUUGGAGGCAUACUUGCGAAUCUUGGGCAAGGAGACGCCGCAGUUCUGCCACGAGGUGGCGGAGAAGACGCUCCUCGUGGGGCUUGGGUCCACCGCAUUCCGCACGGCGCAGUACACGUCCCACGAGGUCUCCAUCGACAAGAAGCAGCUGGAGUGGUUCGAGGACAUCAUCGCGAAGCACCCCGACUCCGAGGGCUGGCAGGUCUUCUGCUUCUCGCACGCGCCAAUCAUCGGCUCCGGCCUGCGCGUGCUGCAGGAGUGCCACGUCGUCAACGGGUGCUGCUGGCUGAACCACUGCGACUCCGUGGACUCCAAGAGAUUCAUCGACGUCGUGCGAAACAACGCUUGCGUCAAGGCUUGGUUCUCCGGACACUUCCACCUGUCGCACGACUAUCAGGACUCGAUCACCUUCCCCGACGGGAACAAUCGGGGCUCUUGCGUUUUCGCACAGACCGCCGUCAUGACCGCCCGCUCCACGCGUGACGGCAGGCGGCAGUCCAGGCUCCUCCGCGGCAACGCCGAGGGCUUCGAGAUCUGCACAAUCGACCACUCGAAGGGCGGCAAGAUUCGCUUAGAUGCGACGAUCACGUAUGCCGAGUGCAUCAUCGACGAGAACAACAUGGACGGCUCCAACUCGUGCUCCACCAUCGCGUACGCCCACCAGAGCGAGGACUACGAUCACGACAAGUGGUUCAAGGCGUACGUGCCCCAGGAGGACGACGGCUGCUACGUCGAGCUCCCAGACGGCACCAUCAACCCAGGGGUGGACUUGUCGAACCCGGAGCAAGUCUGCUGGUGGCACAUGAAGGACGGCGCCGUGCUGGGCGUUCACAACGGCAUGAUCAUCGAGUACGACUCAUCAACGCUCGCGCCCUUGGGCAUGGUGGUCAGCCGCGACGAGCUCAAGGACCGCCUCGUCGCCGUCAUCGACGACGAGUGGGGCGGUUCCGCCCUCAUCCUCUACAGGGACGACUCCGAAGACGUCACCGUGGUGCAGCCCAACGAGGACGGGUCCUACUGGCGCAAGGUGGUGCGCAACAAGAUGCACCGCAUGAAGGAGAUGCGCCGCGUGGCCGCCGCCAAGAAUUGGAUGAAGCAGAAGAGGGGCGACGAGGCGGAGGUCAAGGUCUUGUCCUCGUACGGCCCGUACACGACCACGGCUGGGCAGGUGAUGGGCUUGAGCACCCGGGCCAUCGACCCCAAGGCAAAGGCGAAGGUGGCGGCGUGA